CAACGAAUAGAGUAAAGUAAACAACGUGAAUAUUAAGGAGAAAAUUAAGCUGUGUUUAAAAAUGAAUAAAUUCAUUUUAUUCCUCGUGCUUAAUGCGUCGGUGUUUGGUCACACGAGCAAUGACAAAGAUUUUAGUUGCACACCAAAUGAAGUAUUUAAAAUGGAUUGUAACACAUGUUCAUGCGAUCCGAAUGGCAUAACUGCAGUGUGCACACAAAUGAGAUGCAUACAUCUACCGAUAAAGUCAACGACAGAAGUCAAUCUAAUCACAACAACAGAAGAUUCAUAUGUGCAUAAUAGCAACAAUGUUGUUAACAGUAAUGGCAAUUUAGUCUGUACACCUAAUGAAAUUAAAAUGAAUGUUGAGAAUAAUGACAUUUGUAACCGUUGUAAAUGUGCUGCUAAUGGUAUUGGAUGGUUCUGCACGAAAAUUCCAUGUCCGAGUAGGGAAAUUCAUAAGCGAACGGCAAAGAGAAGUGUUCUGGUGAGAGGAUGUAGAACUGGAGACGUUCUGUCUGAUGGAUGCAAUCAUUGUGUUUGUGACUCAUCCGGUAUUCCAUCAUGUACACAUUUGCCAUGCAUCAACAUACGACAAAGACGCUCAAUUGGACAAGAUAAGAAAUGUACGCCUGGUGAGCACUGGAAAAGCGAUUGUAAUGACUGCUUUUGUACAGAAACGGGAAUCGGUGCUUGCACGUUGCGAGGAUGUUUGGGUCCAAAUGAAUCGAGAAGCUUGCGUGUUCCUGCUGUUCCACCAUCUACAAUUCCUACUUUUACAAUGGCUGAAUAUAAUCGAGCUGAUUUUAAAUGUGCACCACAUGAAUAUUUUAAGUUGGAAUGUAACUCGUGCAAGUGCAGCAGUGAUGGAAAAGGUGCGCGUUGUACCAAAAAAGUUUGUGGAAAUGCACAGAAAUCAUGAAGUUGAAUCUUCUAUUUUAUAAGAGAUACUUAAUUUCUUACUUAAAAUGUAUCGCUGAUGUCUGCCUUCUUAGCUGCUACUUAUAGUAUAUUGAUAUGCUGAUUUUAGUUUGUUAAAUUGAAUUUUUUAAGAUUAAGUUAAAGAAUAUGCAAAUAAAAAUUUU